UCUGAUCUCGGCUCCUCCAUAGACAUCAAGUCUCUACUCAAAUAUUUCCAGGUGUUUUCUGAGGCUCUGCUUAUUCUCCAUAGUCUGACAAUGGAGAGAGCAAAUGCCUUACAGGACCCAAGACAAACCGAACAGCUUCUAGAUUCCUUAGAGACCCUGAGGCGGUGCAUCUCCAUGCUGCACACGGCCAUGUGUACCACCAUCAAACAUCCAACAAGCGAGGAGGCGCAGGAAGCCAAGAGGUAUAUCCUGGACAAGUUUCAGGAGAACAACACAGAAGAAGCAGAGCAAACGUUUGACAGCGCAGCGGAAACACUUUUGGAAAAUGUAAAACCUGCAAUAAAAAGAGUCGAUGACUGCUUACACUACGUCCGUGACCCACGUGCCCGUUCUAACCUGAGGUCUAUCAACGACCACCUGUCUUUUCAGAUCUCAGAUAUAAUCAGCAGGGCGAGGCUCAUGGUGGAGACUCACUACAUUUGUGACACACUCAGUCUGGAUGUGCAGAUACAGUGUUGGUCAGCCAAAGCUCACUAUGUGGUGGAGGAGGUCAGGAAGCAGGAUGGGAUUCACCAAGAGGCAAAAGAGCAAAUCAUGAUAGGUCUACAGGGCAAAACAUAUGAGGAUGUCAGAGAAGUGUUGGCUACAGUGCCAUCUAAAGACAAAGAGGUGGAAUUUCGCUCUGACACGACAAUGACAUCCUGGCAGAAAGGCCACACAGACAGUGUUAAUGCUGCAGAAGCCAAUAUGAACAUGGAAGCUGUGGCCAAAUUCGGACCUGGAAAUGUGGAAAAAUAUGUAGGUGUCUGGUUUGGCGCAUACAACGAGACUCCCUCGUUGACACACACGUCGCUUUUUCUUAAGCAAGAAAGUGACAGCUGGGAUCCCAAGGACAACCGAAUUGUCCAGGUGACAAGGAAGAUGGCUGACACCCUAUGUUAUAUGACUCAGUACUUGAAGAAGAAAGGACCAAUACCGAAUAAAGAGGCAUUUGUCACUGCAGCCAAAGAUGUGAUCUCAAACAGCCAGUCAGUAACUCAGUUCCUCGGAGUUAUUGCCAACCACUGCCUGGAUAAACAGUGCACAGUUGAACUUUCCCUCGUAGUUGAGCAGAUUCUCACCAUCGCCAACCAGCUCAACAUCAUCUCCUGCGUCAAUGCUGUAACACCUGGCUGCAAAUCAUCUGAUGAGAUCCUGGUGAAGAACACUCAGAAUCUACUCCAAACUGUCCUGCGAGGAGUCCACGCGGCAGAGUCAGCCUGCAUCACUGGUUUGAGGCAACCGGAGCCAAACUCAGAUGGUGCCGAGGCUACAGCCUUGUGUUUUCAGUGGAUGAGGAAAUUAGAGAUCCAUCGAGCCCAGCAGACCUCCAACCCAGAGACUGAUGAGCUGGGUUUGAGGAAGACCUCGUCCCACCCUGUCGCGCCCAGUCUUGCCUCGCCAGUUGGCUACAAGUAGUACUUAUAAACAGUUAUGGCAAGCCAUUUGAGUAUUUAUUCCAUAUCCUUGAUAUC